GGGGCCGCGGGGAUUUCCAAAUCCCUCAGAAACUUUUCCUCUUUGGCUGAGUAGCAGCUGUGUGGUCGCAAUGUACGGACAAGGUGCUGAGCCUGGACGCGGAGGGGAGAAUGGUCGCAGGUUGCACAACGGAAACCUAUAUGGAGCCCAGCGGAGUCAUCCAGAUGAAGGGAGAUGGGGCACUGAAAGAAUGGGGGAUCGGCCAAUCUCUGAACAAAGUUCCUUUGGGCAAGAUGUUCAGCAGCAGUGCCAAGAUACCUCCAGGGAUCCGCAGUACAUGGGAGGCUUCAGUAUGAUAUCACCAAAUCAAUCCAAAAGAGAAAAAACUCAGACAAUUGCUAAGCAAGAGCUGGAAAACUGGGAGCAUUUUAAACAGGGUCAGAAACAUGGACCAAUUAACCUAACACCAAAGAAGCUAGGUGGUGGAAUAACACAAGGUGAAGCUAGAUGGAACCAACAAGUGACGCAGUCUCAGUCCAAAUACCAAAAAAUGCUCAAGAGAGAAGAGUAUAAGAAAAAAGUGAGAGAAGAAGAGGAAGCUCAAAUACAGAAAAUGAAGGACAUCCAAAGACAAAAGGCUGAGAGGCUUGAAGAAAAAAAUCUACAACAAGAGGCUCAGAGACAAAUUGAAUAUGGUGAAGACAGGUACAGAAGAAACAAUGCAUUUCUCAACCUCUUGUCUCAGACUGAAACCCAUUAUCAGAAUCAGACGCGGGAGUGCCAUGGAAAUCCAUAUAAAGCUCAGAUCCAGAGAGAAGAAUACAAGAAUAAACAAAGGGCAGAAGAAGAAGCUAGGAUACAAGCAAUGAAGGGCAUUCAAAGGCAAAAGGCUGAAAAGCUAGAAGAAACAGCUCGUCAAGAAGACUUAAAGAGACAAAUAAAGUGGCAAGAAGACAGGCACAAAACCAAUAAUGCAUUUCUAAACCAGAUGUCAUGGCCUGCAGUAAGCUAUGAAGACUAUGAGACUUAUACAAACCAAAGUUAUGGAGAUUUGCCUACAGCUUGGGCAGUGAGCAAUGCUUACAGACAAGAACAAAAAAUGCAAGAGCAAAGACAAUUGCAGCAAAUGAAGGAAGAGCAACGCAGAAAGAGUGAAUUACUGGAUGUUACAAGAAUUAAGCAAGAAAAGGAAAGUAGAUUAACAGAGCAGGAAGAGCGAAGGAGGGUAAAUAACGCAUUUUUAGACAGACUUCAAGGGAAGAAAAAUGCAUUACAAUAAAGUCAUUUCAGGAAUACAAACACUUGGUCUUAAUUUUGUGUCUGAAGAGAGAAGUUGAAACAAACCACAAUGACAAGCAAUCAAGUACGUGAAGUGGAUGAUUCUUAUUGCCUACUGCACCAUUUCAUCAAAUCCAACAAUGAUAAUUUCUUUUUAUAUGUACUGAAUGUAUUUUUCAUUUUUUUUUUUUUUUUUUUUUUGGCCAUGCUCACUCAGGGUACAAACUGGGAUUUGUGUAUCAAUUUGUUUUCAAUCAGUUUCUUGAUCCAGUUAUUAGGGACAGAUGCAAUAUUAGCUUACUGUAGCAUCAUCUUCCGGCAAAGCCUUGAGUCAAACAGUAACAAAAUAAAGAUAUUAAACUGGUAUCUGCAUGAGGCAUUGAGGUUGUUAUCAAUUUCUUUGCACGGAUGCUGAGCAAGCAUUCAAAUACCAAUGAACUUUGUCCCUCUCGAAGCCCUCCCCCCUCGAGGAAAUUAGAAAAAUCCCUAAAUAUAAUACAAUUUUGUGGCCCUCUAGAAGAGCUAUAUCAGUGGACUAUAAAGUAUUGCAUGAACGAAUUGCUUAUACCACUCCUAACAAGGGCCCAAUAAAUGGCUUCUUUAUAUCCCCCAACUACAAAUUUCUGUUAAAAUCAUAUCUCAGCUCUGAUCCCAAAACACACUCCUUCAUGCACCUUACACUCUGCUUCUGACCUUGGCCUCUCUUUUCCUCCCAUGACUUUAUCCCAUUCACAGUUGAAUGACUUCCGCCCAGUUUCCGCCUGUCUCUAAAAUUCCCUUCCACAUUCUAUCGUACUCUCCCCGUCCCUCCAAAGCUCAAAAGCCUAUUUAAUUCACAGUGAUUCUUCUGAAGUCAUGAUGCAUGUUGCACCACCGUUUAUAGCCAAUCCAUAUGAAACACAUGAAAUAACUUGCUUUUAAAAAGAUACAGUGAAGGGACUGCAUUACUGUGGAUAUGAUAAACAGUAGUUUUCUACUAGUUAAGCAAAUUUUCUGCUUAAUAUCCAAAGCUUUUUAAUAUAAAGGCAUGACCAGAAACAGUGAAACAAGGCUAUUUCAGCAGAGCCAUAUUUAAGGCAAUUAUGCUUCAGAGUAAUUUUAAGGCGAUACUGCUGAUAAUAAACUGUAUGGAAAAUAUAGCUCUUCUAAAGGGAGUUGAUAGUUUAUAAAUGUAGCAAGUAGAUUCUCCCAAUCCAAGACUGAUAAUAGUUUAAAAUUUUUACUAGAGUAACUUUGUGCCUGGAAAAAAGCAAGUUAAUUUCCUCUCAUGUACCACAUAUGAAAAGGAUGUAUGGGAGAGCGACCUUGGAAUACUUCAUUUUGUAUCAAGGGGAAAUUACGGGAGUGGUGCCUUGUUAGCUUAACAUUAGGGAUCAGUGGGUUUUCUACCCAGCUCUCUUCAUGUGUAUGCAAAAAUAGACUGGAUGGAAAAUUUCUGGAAUGAGCAUAAAGAUCAGUCCUAGUUAUAUUUCCUAAUAUCAGGGAAGUUGUAUCCACCAUUAAUAUGUACAGUAAUUGCUUAAAGUGAUACUGACACUAAAAAAUGACUCCUCAAAAUAUGAAUAUACAUAAAAAGUUGCCUAUAGGUCAUGUUGAUUGAUUUUCGCUGAGAGAUUUGCUUUUGUAAAUAAUUGUUACUUGAAGUUCCUAAACCUGACUAUUUUGCCAAUCUGACUGUCCCUUCUCAGCCUGUCAAAAAAUGAAGGUCAUGCAAAGACAAUGUUAUGAUAGAUGUAAAAAAAGGUUUAAUUUCUGGUGUCAGUAUCUCUUUUAAGUAGGCUUACAGGGGUUCUUCCCAUUCCAAAUAAAGGAUGUACAUGUAGAAUAAACUUUAUUACUAUUUGCCAUUGUUUUCGUUAAAAGUUGAAAGUCCACAUUAAGUAGAGCAACAGGUUGAAAAGCAUAAACUAAGGUGGUUUUGGACCAAGAUUUGGUUGAAGAAGUUUAUAGAAGAAUCUGCCUGGACCAGGGGAUUUGUCAAGGUACAAAGAUUUAAUAGCUGUGGAAAUUUCUUUGUAAGUGCCUUUGUUUAACAAAGCACUCUAAUGUGUUGUAUAAUAAGUAAAUGAUGAUUAAGAUGAUAGUAGCACAAAACAAAACAAGCUCUGACCUACUGUUUAAUGCUCAAAAAUAAAGCAGGUGUAUUCCUA